AUGUCCCACGAGGUUCGUGAGCGGGUCAAGGGGUUUGUGGGAGGCACGGUGUCGGGCCUGACCAAGCUGCUGGUGGGGCAUCCGUUUGAUACGGUCAAGAUCCGGCUGCAGUGUGAUCCGGGUCGGUACGCGGGCCCGAUCGCGUGCCUUCGCUCGCUUGUCCGGCACGAGUCGGUGUGGGCCGUGUACAAGGGCUGUGUGCCGCCGGCGAUCGGGUGGAUGGUGACGGACUCGGUCCUGCUGGGCUCGCUGCAUACGUAUCGGCGCAUGCUGAUGCGCUGGCAUCCGCAGCGUGAGCGCCUGCCGGUGGCGCUGCAGGGUCUGGCGGGGGUGGGCGCUGGAUGGACGAAUGCGUUUGUCACGGCGCCGGUCGAGCUGCUCAAGACCAAGUUGCAGAUGCAGCGUGCGCGCUUUUCGGCGCGUGCGGCCGAGUUCACGAGCACGUAUGACUGUGCGCGCCAGGUCGUGCGGUACACGGGCGUGUGUGGCCUGUGGCGCGCCUUGCCUGCGACGCUGCUGUUCCGCACGAGCUUUGGGCCGAUGUUUGCGUCGUACGACGUGUGUCAGAGGGCGCUGGGCGCGUGGGCGCAGCCGUACCGCGAGGGCGCGUCGUGGACGUAUGCGUGGCUCGUAUCGCCUGCGAGUGUCACGUUCUUGGCCGGGGGCCUGGCGGCGGAGGUGUUUUGGUUCGUCGGCUACCCGGCGGAUGUGAUCAAGAACCGCGUCAUGGCCGACUCGAUGCAUUCGCCGCGCUAUGCGGGUGGCGUGCGGGGUAUGUGCGAAGCCGCGCGGGACCUGUGGGCCCCACGGGACAUGCCUGCCCGCGAGCGCGGCCUUGGGGGCCUGCCGAGGCGUCUGCGGCGCAUCUACACGGGCUACCUGACGUGCGCUGUGCGUGCGUUUCCCACGAAUGCAGGUGCGCUGCUCGCCUUCGAGACGGCCAUGUACCUGAUGCGCUAG